AUGGCCCUGCAAGAUGUGUGUAACUGGCAGGCCCCUGACACCCAAGAAUCAUCACUUCAUUUGCCUCAGGUUAGUGGGUGGACCCUGCCUCGGGGCUGCGACCCUCAAGCCUUCCUACAGAUCCAUGGCCCCAAGCUGGCCCAUGGCACCACCACCCUGGCCUUCCGCUUCCGUCAUGGAGUUAUUGCUGCGGCCGACACACGCUCCUCCUGUGGCAACUACGUGGCUUGUCCAGCCUCACAAAAAGUCAUUCCUGUGCAUCAGCACCUCUUGGGCACCACCUCUGGCACCUCCGCUGACUGCGCCACAUGGUACCGGGUGCUACAGCGGGAGCUGCGGCUGAGGGCUCUGAGGGAGGGUCAGUUGCCCAGUGUGGCUAGUGCUGCCAAACUCUUGUCAACCAUGAUGUCCCGCUACCGGGGGCUGGAUCUAUGUGUGGCCACUGCCUUGUGUGGUUGGGACCGCUCAGGCCCUGCCCUCUUCUACGUGUACAGUAAUGGCACGCGCCUGCAGGGGGACAUCUUCUCAGUGGGCUCUGGGUCUCCCUAUGCCUAUGGCGUGUUAGACCGCGGUUACCGCUACGACAUGACCACCCAGGAAGCCUACACUCUGGCUCGCAGAGCUGUGGCUCAUGCCACUCGCCGUGAUGCCUAUUCAGGGGGUUCUGUGGAUCUUUUCCACGUACGGGAGAGUGGAUGGGAGUAUGUGUCUCAGGAUGAUGCCUGUGUGCUGUAUGCGGAGCUAUGGGAGCCGAAGCCCAGUAAGGAGGAAGAGGAGACAAGCAAGGCCCAGUCUUGA